AUGUGCGGAGGAAAGGGAAACAACUUUUCCGGUGGUCAGAAACAGCGACUAGCAAUUGCGCGUGCCCUUUUGAGACAGCCAAGCGUCCUGUUAUUAGACGAAGUCACUUCGGCGCUGGAUUCGGAAUCCCAAAGCGUAGUCCAGACUGCACUUGAUCAAGCUGCAAAGCAACGCACAACAGUUGCCAUUGCCCAUCGCUUGAGUUCUGUUCAGAAUGCGGACCUCAUCUGCUUCCUAGAGGACGGCGUGGUCGUUGAAUCUGGAACACAUGCCGAGCUCAUACGAAGGCGUGGGCGUUAUUUUGCAAUGUUGAGCCUGCAGAACCUUGAGAAAUAG